AGUGCGAGAAUGGUGCAAGAAAGAAAUGAAUUCGCUGGUUUUGUUCGCUAAAAUAUAAUAAUUAAAUCAGAAAUUAUAACCAGAAUAAUAAUUUAUCCUGAUUCAUUGAAAAAAUAAUAAUCAUUAGAAUUGUAAUAAUUUGGUAUGCUGGGUCAUCCAUUUAUUUGCGAUUUGGGGAGAGUUGUUAUUACCAUUGAGAAUAGAUAGAUAUCUAUUCUCAAUGUUAUUACUGAUCUGUGGUUGAUGUCAUUGGUUUGUUGUCAAUGAGACGAAGACAGCAAACAAUAUCCAGCUUCCAGGCUGUCUCUGCUAUCCGAAUGAACGCUGUUGGAGCAAAUGCUUUGCAAGGUAUAAAUUCAGGACAGUUGGCUUUGAUUUAUCUGCAACGGAAUUACUAGCUGGCAGAACUCAUCAUGUCCUCCAGAAGCUCGUCAGACGAUACCAUAGCAGCAAUGUCUAGAUUGAAUGUUCAGAACAAUAGCGAAGAUGGUGAGGAAGACGGAGAGGGCCCUCAUGCCAAUGAUCCCAGGGUUAACGAAAUACUAGAUUCUACCACUGUAUCUCCUGAAUCUCCACAAAAUAUGCAAACUACUUCGGAAAUUACAUAUUCCAGUACUCGUAGAGCUCUCACCUUUGCUUGUGACGAAGACCAGCCUUCUACGUCUCAAGCAAGAAGUGCCGAAGUUGCUGGUAUAUCUUGCGACAGGCCACCCAGUAACUCUGCAAAUUUAUUCCAUCUGGAGGCAAGACCACAAGGAAGUGGGGCUUCUAAUAACGUACCUCGGCAUCCCUUGCCUGUGGCAAUUUAUAACUGGCAAGGACGUAAAACCACAGUGAGAGAACGAUUCACAUUUCUCUUCAACAACGAAAUAUUAUCAGAUGUAUCUUUCUUGGUUGGUCGUGGGGCUCAGCAGCAGCGGGUACCAGCUCACAAGCUUGUCUUGGCAUCAGGAAGUGCGGUUUUUGAUGCAAUGUUUAAUGGAACUCUGGCCACUUCCUCUGCAGAGAUUGAAGUUCCUGAUAUCGAGCCUGCUGCUUUUCUUGCAGUGCUCCUAUUCCUGUAUACAGACGAGAUUCAGAUUGACCCUGAGACCGUCAUGACUACUUUAUAUACAGCAAAGAAGUAUGCAGUUUCUCCGUUAGAGAAACACUGUGUUGAUUUUCUGAGAAAUAAUCUUACAAGUGACAACGCAUUUCUACUACUCGCUCAGGCCAGGCUUUUUGAUGAACCCCAUCUUGCCUCUGUUUGUUUGGAUACCAUAGACAAAUUUACUACAGAUGCUCUUAAUGCUGACGGAUUCACCGAUAUUGACAUUGACACUCUUAUGGUUGUACUUGAAAGAGACACACUUCGCGUGAGGGAGCUCAAAAUUUUUCUCGCUGUUGUGAGAUGGUCGGAAGCAGAAUGCGGGCGUCAACAGUUGCCGAUCACGCCAGAGAAUCAGAGAUCCGUUUUAGGCCGUGCUCUCUCCUUGGUUCGCUUCCCCCUCAUGUCUGUUGAAGAGUUUGCUGGCGGACCUGCGCAGUCUGGGCUCCUGACUGACCGCGAAGUAGUUUCAGUAUUUCUCUACUUCACUGUCAACCCCAAACCAUCCGUUGGUUUUGAGGCGAUGCCCCGCUGUUGUAUGAUGGGCAAAGAACAAACUGUUUGUAGAUUCCAACAGACCGAUAAACGGUGGGGCUAUAGUGGGACAAGUGACCGAAUUAGAUUUAGCGUGGAUAGACGAAUAUUCCUCGUCGGUUAUGGCGUCUACGGUAGCAUCCAUGGUCCUGCUGAAUACGAAGUUCAAAUUGAGCUGAUUCACACAGCCUCAGGAAAAAUUAUAGCCGCUAACAAUACAAGUUUCAGUUGCGAUGGUUCCAGAUACACCUAUCGAUUGAUGUUCAAAGAGCCCGCCGAGAUUUUACCAAACACGAUUUAUACCGCCUCUGCCAUGUUCAAGGGACCAGAUUCUCAUUACGGUACCAAGGGGCAGCGUAAAGUAAACGUCGACUGUGGGCCUGGUGAUGGUCAAGUCAACUUUCAAUUCAGCUACGCCGCUGGAAACAACAACGGUUCUUCAAUUGAAGAUGGACAGAUCCCUGAAUUGAUAUUUUACACAUGAGUUCUCACCGUCAAUCGCUACAUCCCCAUCGUUGCAUACAUUCCUCUUACAAGCCAUUAAUCUCGUCCUGGAGAAAUUUAUCGCACCGAAAUUCUUUUCUCUGUCAUACCGCAAAACUCAUGAUCAAAAUAUCACAAGGGUUGUGUAAAUCUCGGUAAAACGACGCUCAUUCGCAUAUUUUCUGGUGAUAAUUCUGGUUCGCAAACUGGCAUGGCGAGAAGACAAAAUCUGCUCGCUUUUUAAAUCCAUCUUCUCUUUAUUUUUACUACAUAAUACAAGUUUUGUACUCUAUUGUAUUGAGAGAAAUUUUUAUUUGUUGAAAGUAGAGUAGAUAAAUUCUAUUUAAAUAUCUAUGUACAUACAUCAUAUACGUAUAUGAUAAUUUCGAACGUUCAUAAUGUUUAAACGGUAUAAUAUUAUUCUCAACCUAAAAUAAAUAACGUUAUGACCUA